AAACAGUCUUGCCCAUUGCCACCCCCUGACAACGACCGGUAUGGAUGACUCUCUGGGUUCUGGGGACGCCGGCCACCCCCAGCCUUCAUCCCCUCUGGCCCCCGAGGGAAAGGUGACGGUUGGUGGGGCAGAAGGAAGGGGAGAUGAAGAAAAGGAAGAAGCGGCAAGGGCUGAGUGGAGAGGCCCUGCUCAGCCUGCCACGGAGCCGCUCCCUUUCCCGGAUAUUUACGGGGGCGACCCGCAGCUGUGGGAGGCCCAUUUCCAAGGGAUCCGUCGGGCCUACCAGAUCCUGGGGAAGGAGGACGAUCUGGCCAUCCGCGUGCUGACGGAAGACUUCACCCUGCCCUUCCCGUACACCUGGCCGCCCGGCCCUGACACCACCCGGGAAACCCUGUUCUACGACCCUCAGGACCACACCGACUACGACUUCCUCCUGCGGCCCGGGGCCCAGCCUCCCGCCCUGCUGCGUCCGCUCCACGCCACGGCCCAGGCCUUCAUCCGCAAGCGCCAACUGGAGCAGCUGGCGCUCGGCUACGUGGGGGAGCCCAGCGGGGACCCUCGGCCGGAGGCCGCCGCCCCGGAGCCAGAGCCCCCGGAGGAGAGCGACGACUGCGGCCCGGAGACGUCCGAGGAGGAAGAAGGCUGGGAGUCCGAUGACCAACAGCAGGUCUAAAGGGCCCGACUGACUGACUGACUUACGGAGCAACCAUCCCAAUUCUCCUCCUGACUCAUCUAAGCAUAAUAAAGAGUUUAU